AAAGGGAAUUGUGCAGUUUUUAUCGCUCGCUUUCCCUUUUGUUCAUUUCUCACUCGUCAUCAUCGAUCUUCCGCUUCAGCUUCCAACGUCUCUCGUUAUCUCUCUGUGCAUUAACUUAUGGGCACAUCAUCUGGGUCGAAUCAUCCGCACCAGAUGUUACCACCACGGCAUCAACUUCGGACAGGAGGGCUGCAAACAGCGCUUUCACUUGUACCUUCGGAUCCCCACUUCUCACACGAAGGCCAGGAGCCACGAUCAAAUUCUGAUGCCGUGCGUGAAUCUCCAGCCGAGAGUGCCAGCUCCCAGGAAACUUGGCCAACCGCAGAUGCUGUAAUGGCAAAGAAGGCAGUGAACGAAAAGACAGGGCCCAAUUCUCAUGAACAACCCGUGAUUCGUCACAUUUCUGGUGCAGAUAAGGUUUCAAUCCGAGACAUAGCUAGGGAGAGAGUAGACGUAAUCUCCGAGAAAAUGCAUCGGUUACCCGACGAGUAUCUUGAGGAGUUGAAGAAUGGUCUUAAAGCUAUCCUCGAGGGGAACGGGGCUCAGCAAGUAGACGAGUUUAUGUUUCUGCAGAAGUUUGUCCAGAGCAGAUCUGAUCUGACUCCUAUGACGCUAACUAGGGCUCAUCGGGUGCAGCUGGAAAUCCUUGUCGCGAUUAAUACCGGAAUACAGGCAUUCUUGCACCCAAACAUCAGUCUGUCCCAAACAUCUCUGAUCGAGAUCUUCGUAUACAAAAGAUGCAGGAACAUUGCGUGCCAGAAUCAGCUCCCGGCGGACGACUGCACCUGCGAGAUUUGCACGAACAGGAAAGGUUUCUGUAACCUUUGCAUGUGCAUAAUCUGUAACAAGUUUGAUUUUGCUGUCAACCCCUGCCGUUGGAUCGGCUGCGACCUCUGUUCCCACUGGACUCAUACGGAUUGCGCCACUCGAGAGGGACAGAUUUCGAUGGGAUCUUCUGCUAAAAAUCCAUCGGGUCCAGGUGAAAUGCUGUUCAGAUGUCGAGCAUGCAAUCAUACGUCUGAGCUGCUGGGCUGGGUGAAAGAUGUGUUUCAGCACUGUGCACCAAACUGGGACCGGGAAUCUCUGAUGAAAGAACUCGAUUUCGUGAGUAGGAUUUUCCGUGGAAGCGAAGAUCCGAGAGGAAGGACACUGUUCUGGAAAUGCGAGGAACUCAUCGACAAGAUAAAGGGUGGAUUGGCAGAGGCAACAGCAGCCAAAUUGAUAUUAAUGUUUUUCCAAGAAAUCGAAUUGGACUCACCGAAGAGCUUUGAAAACGGAGAGGGUGGACGGAUAAUUGCGCCUCAAGAUGCAUGUAACCGAAUCGCGGAAGUUGUACAAGAGACUCUAAGGAAAAUGGAAAUGGUGGCGGAGGAGAAAAUGCGGAUGUUCAAGAAGGCAAGGUUAGCCCUCGAGGCAUGCGACAGAGAGCUCGAAGAGAAGGCUAAGGAAGUGGCGGAACUGAAGGUGGAGAGACAGAAGAAGAAGCUGCAGAUAGAAGAGCUCGAGAGGAUAGUGAGACUGAAACAAGCAGAGGCAGACAUGUUCCAGCUUAAAGCCAACGAGGCGAAACGAGAAUCCGAGAGGCUGCAGAGGAUUGCUAUGGCCAAGAUGGAUAAAUCCGAGGAAGAAUACGCGAGCAAUUACCUCAAACUCCGGUUGAGCGAGGCCGAGGCAGAGAAACAGUAUCUUUUCGAGAAGAUUAAACUGCAGGAAAGUUCUCGGGGGGCUGACCCAUCGCAGGUAUUGAUGUACUCGAAAAUCCGCGAUCUUCUUCAAGGGUACAAUCUGUCGCCGAAGGUCGAUACUCAAUCAAACGAUCGCCAUCCUUUCAGAUCGAAUCAGUGAUGGAUGCUUCUUCCACACUGAGGUAUGUUGUGAUAUUUGUCGGAUCAAAUCUGGUAAGCCUUGUACUUCUCUGUGUUUUUGUCGGGUUCCUGCUGUUAACUUAAAUAGAUGAUGAUGAUGUAGUUGUCUUUAGUUAUAUGCAUGCGUAUGUAUAAUGUAAUCUUCCGUGUCUGUUUCCUUGCAACUAUUUAUACAUUGCUUCGCUUUGUCUCCUCCCCAUGAACUGCAGGUUCCGUGUUUCAUGUUCA